AUGAGUUGCAUCCCGUUUGCAAACGGCGAGGAUCCAGUGCCGUACCGGAGCGCCUGGCUCGAAGACCCAGUGCAGCCAACGUCUUGGCGCCGAGGUCUGGACGUCUGGGAGCUGUACGAAUAUUUCAUGUCCGCGCGCUACCAUCAAGAGGGCAAGAGAUUCCCAUCUUGUCGAGAGCAUUUGUCCUUAGCCGCUGGGUACGACAAAUCUAUAUUCGCACCCUGCUUCUCCAGUAGACUCGGCGAUGCGCUAUUCAAGUUUCAAAAACCUGUCCUCAAAGAAACCCUCCACGAGCGCGUACAAAACGCCUAUGCCACAUGCUACGUGCCUGUUCCACAAAUCUCCACAACAAUCCGAAGUGCCGAGGAGGGCUGCAGCGCAGUGUAUAAUCAAAGCGCCAGCUUGGAUCGGAACGAAGAAUUCGUAGAUGCGACAUUCGAGACGUACGUCGUUGCCAUCUCAACGAAUGCUGCACACGAUGUGUUCGAGAGGGAGGUCGACCUAUUGGGCGGCCAGCUCACCCGCGAGCCAACGCGCUGCGACUCACAACGAAGCACCUCCCUGACCACCGAGCCAGCACGUGAAGUUCCCGUCUCGCAGCGCCUCGACCCGUCGGUGCUCGUUGGAAACAAGAUGAACACUAUCCAGAAGUAUCUGAUGAAGUUCCACAAACUCAAUCUGCCGUCCGCCACACACUCUCUCACAUUCCUCAAACGAUGGUCCAAGGCAGGAGAUGCCGAGCUGGCAUUCGGCGCGGCUGCUGAUUUCAGGAGCAGGCGAACUCGGUAUGGCACGAGGUACAUCUUGGGCCUGGAGGGUAUACUCGAAAGCGACAUUAGCACGCCAGAGAGCCCAGAUGCGCUCAAGCACAUGUCUACGACGAUUAGCAAACAGACGGCAGAGUAUCACAAACAGGCCCAACUGGAAUACGCGACGUUCAAUGCGUUGUUUGACAUAUUUCAUAGAACAGGCCAGUUGACUCUCUCCGCUUCCCUCCCUGUGUCAUCGCAUACUGACAAGCAGGCAGUAUCAUCGACCAGCUUUUGA